ACCCCAUUGCUAACAUAUUCCUAAGAAUCUUCUCUUUCAUCACAAUUUCCACACAUAUGUAUUCUCACUUCUCCUACAAUACCAACAACUUGCUCAACCUAAAAGUGAUAAAAACAACCCAUUCUUCUUCUUCUUCCUCUAAAUAUUCUACUCUUUUUUUCUUGUUUUUUUUUGCCCCUUUUAACUUGCCUAUUAAAUUUGUGUAAUAACUAGUAACAUGUGUAUUCAAGAUUCAGAGCAAGUGAAUGAGGGUAUGGAAAAUUUGGACAUUUCCAACACUGAUGACAAUUUCAAGAACCAAUCUUUACAUUCUGAGGCUGAAUUUCAACAUACCCAAAAUGAGAAUUGUGGAAAAGUUACUUCUUCUAGUCCUUCUGUCAUGAGAAACUCAUUCCCACUGGAAAGUAUUUCAGAAGACACAACUAUUGCAGAUCGGAAACAAAUACUGUUGAGUAAUUUCCUCCCGGCCCUUAGGUCGGGUGAUUGGUCUGAUAUUGGAGGUCGCCUUGACAUGGAAGACACUCACAUCUGUAUUGCAGACCUAGCUAAGAAUUUUGGCCUUAAUAUACUUGGUGAGGAUGCUAUUUCUUUCUAUGGAGUCUUUGAUGGACAUGGAGGGAAAGGAGCAUCACAGUUUGUUCGUGAUUACUUACCAAAGAUCAUUGUCGAGGAUGCUGAUUUCCCCCUGGAACUUGAGAAAGUGGUUACAAGAUCUUUUGCAGAGACGGAUGCUGCCCUCGCCAAGUCAUGCUAUGUUGACUCAGCCUUGUCCUCCGGCACUACUGCACUCACUGCAAUGAUAUUUGGAAGAUCACUUCUUGUGGCCAAUGCUGGUGAUUGUCGAGCAGUUGUAUCUCGACGUGGACUGGCUAUAGAAAUGUCAAGGGAUCACAGACCUUGUUGUGUUACUGAAAGAACUCGCAUUGAGUCAGUAGGUGGAUUUGUUGAUGAUGGCUAUUUGAAUGGACAGCUAGGCGUGAGCCGGGCUUUAGGUAACUGGCAUAUUAAAGGAUUGAAGGAGGUUGAGAAGGGCGGACCAUUGAGCGCUGAACCUGAGCUGAAACUGCUGACAUUGACAAAGGAGGACGAGUUCCUGAUUAUCGGUAGUGAUGGGAUAUGGGAUGUUUUCCGAAGCCAAAAUGCAGUUGAUUUUGCUCGGAGGAGACUGCAGGACCAUAACAAUGUAAAGAGAUGCUGCAAGGAAAUGAUAGACGAGGCCAAAAAACGUGGUGCCAUAGACAACUUAACAGUAGUCAUGGUCUGUUUUCACUCCGAGCCUCCACCUCCAGUUGUUUUUCAAAGAUCAAGAAUAAGGAAAAGUAUAUCCGCCGAGGGACUUGCAAAUCUAAGAUCUUUGCUUGAAGACUAGAGCUGCAACGUUCGAUAUCAAUUUUGGCAGCUUACAAACAUAUCCACCUGAACAACAGCGAUAAUGACGAUCACUUGGUUACUUCUGGACAACUUAGUAAAGACAUCAGAAUCAGAGGUAAACUUAUCUUCUUCUUGUUGUAAUUCUCCCAUUUUAACCAAAAAAUCCAAGAUGAAAUAAAGCUCAAGGGACAUAGGAGCAACCUGUUGAGCCAAAUUUUUGUACAUAUAUUAAACAAUAUUCUUCCAUUGUAUGAUUCCCUGACUAAAGGGAAAUUCAAACUGAAUCUCACCUUCUGGCGAGACAAAAAUUGAAUUGUUGGUUUGAUCCAACUUUUUUAGUGUCAUAACAAAGGUUAUGUAAUUGCCAGCAUUCUUAGUUGCUGUGAAUGGUUAAAUGAAAGUUCAUCUGAAUCUAGUA